CUCCUUCCCCACCUCCCGAUGCAGGCACUGCAGCACCCGGAGCCAAGCAGGGACCCCUCCAAUGGCAGCUGGGCUAACGCCAGUGAGAGCUACCUCCUGAAGGAAAAUUACACCUUCUUGGCAUACUACCAGCACUCCUCACCUGUGGCUGUGAUGUUUAUCCUAGCCUACACCUUCAUCUUCCUCAUGUGCAUGAUUGGCAACAUCCUGGUGUGCUUCAUAGUGGUGAAGAACCGUCAGAUGCGGACGGUCACCAACAUGUUCAUUCUCAACCUUGCCAUCAGUGACCUGCUGGUGGGCAUCUUCUGCAUGCCUACAACCCUGGUGGACAACCUCAUCACAGGGUGGCCCUUUGAUAAUGCCAUGUGCAAAAUGAGUGGCCUGGUACAGGGCAUGUCUGUCUCUGCCUCUGUUUUCACGCUGGUGGCCAUCGCGGUGGAGAGGUUUCGCUGCAUCGUCCACCCCUUCCGGCAGAAGCUGACGCUGAGGAAAGCCCUGGUGACCAUCGCCAUCAUCUGGGUGCUGGCCCUGCUCAUCAUGUGCCCCUCUGCCAUCACCCUAACUGUCACCAGGGAGGAGCACCACUUCAUGGUGGACACCUACAACAACUCCUACCCACUGUACUCCUGCUGGGAGGCCUGGCCCGAGACAGAGAUGAGGAAGAUCUACACCACCGUCCUUUUCUCCCACAUCUACGUGGCACCCCUUGCCCUCAUUGUUGUCAUGUAUGCUCGCAUCGCCUUCAAGCUCUUCAAGUCAGCGGCACCUGCCCGCAGCACCCGGCCUGAGGAGCCCGAGGGGAGGAAGGUGUCCCGUAGGAAGGCCAAGGUCAUCAACAUGCUCAUCAUCAUGGCCCUCUUCUUCACUCUCUCCUGGUUGCCCCUCUGGACACUGAUGCUGCUGACAGACUAUGGUAACCUCAGCGAGCGCCAGCUGCACCUGGUCACCGGCUAUAUCUUUCCCUUUGCCCACUGGCUGGCCUUCUUCAACAGCAGCGCCAACCCUAUCAUCUACGGAUACUUCAAUGAGAACUUCCGACGAGGCUUCCAGGAGGCCUUUAGGGCCCCUUUCUGCUUGCCACCACGCCGGCGGCACCGUGGGCCCUAUGGUGCCCGCAACCGUGUCUUCACCCAGCCCCAGGCCAGCGACUCUCCCCCCCACUCGGAAUCGAGGCCGCUGGCAUCCCGACGGGCUGGCAUCCCUGCAUGGAAUGGCUGAGCAGCUGUGGCCACCAGUUUGUCUGAUAGACGUGGAUCUAGAUGGGGACC